AUGGAUGGCUUUGAUGCAAAGCUUGUCCCGUGCCUCAUGCUCUUCGCAAACGGGCAGCCUCGGUUCCGACAGUGGGGCUGGGAUCACGAUGACGUUUUCGACUUCAUGCGAACGUUUGACACCAUGGUCCUUCCGGUUGGGUACCUCUUCAGGAACUACUACUGGCUGCGCAGUCUCUACAAGUUCGGCAUCCGGUCGCUCCUGAAGACGCUGAAGUUCGACGCGGAACAUCCGCUGCAAGUUUGGCUGCCUCAACUCCUGGCGCCUUUGAUCUUGCUGGCGCUGAUGCUUCUCAUGCUGCUCGCAAGGUGCUUUCUUGCAUGCUGUCGGUGCUGCAAGUCCAGCAAGGUGACGGACGUGAAGGGCGACAAGAAGAACUCGCCCACAGGAUGGCGAAAGCGCUCCUCGUGGGCUGAGAAGGCAGAGGCUGAAGACGGCGGACACUGCAUGCUCCUCAUCCUUGUCCGGCACCUCACCGACGAGAACUUCACUGUUGCUGUCGUUAACACCGGCGACGGCUUGCAGUAUCAUCCACUCCGUGCCAGCGGAGAGGCACCGAGUCCCGAGCUCGCCACGCGGCAGUGCCCCCUCGUCUUGACAGAUGUUCCUGCCAAGCGUAUCACCUGCGGAACGUUUUGGUAUCUUCUCUUCCGGCAGUUUGUGCGGCCACAAACUUCAAAUGGCCCGCAGCUUUUGUACAGCACGCUGCUUCCGAUGCUGAAGAAGCAGCCCCUGGCUGCAGACUUUGGUGUCGAGCCGAGUGGUUGGGUAGAGUUUUGUCCGGUGCCGGUUCGCUUCUGUUUGCGGGCCUCUGGCGCCACAGAGGAGACCGCAGCCUGGAGCCAGGUGCGAAUGGCAGCCAGGUUUGGCGAGAAGUUUCGCAGCUGGGAGUUGGAUGCUGUACGUCAGCUGGUCCAAAGAGUCCAGGACGAGUGUUGGAAACGAGAGAGUUCCGAGCGCGAUGCUCGUACAGUUUUACCACCAGCCUGCCCAAUUCAGGUGGUCUCAGGCGGGCGGCCUGCGCAUGAGCUGCUAUUCAACGAUUUCGAGCGGCUGCUGGACACCCUUGCAUUAGAGUUCUACGAGUAUUGG